AUGCAGAGCAAAAUACCUUUAUCCCCAAGAAGAUUGAAAGCAGUACAAGCUUCCCCAUCUAAAAUUCCAACUAAAAAAUCUAAUGGAAUUAAAGUUACGUUGGUUAGAAACUCCAAUCCUAAAAUGUUCAUAAAAAAUUACGAAUUCACAACAAUAAAUAAAGUAUUUUCAGAUUCAAUACUAUUAUUACAACUCACUGAUAAUCCAACAAUACUAUAUUCUGAAUAUGGAACAAAAAUCACAUCGAAUGAAGAAGUUAUACGAAAAUCGAAAAUUUAUGUAUCAUGUGGGGAAGAAUUUUUCAAAACAAUACCACCACCAAAACCAGUUUCUCCAAAAAUUUCAUUAUCUAAAGAAGUUAAUGUACAGGAAGAGGAAGAAAAGCAAGAAGAAUUUUCACCUUUUGCCGAUUUCCUAAGAGAACGCGCAGAAAAAUUAACAGCAGAAGCAUCUGUAAUAGCAAGCAAGGAAGCUGAGGCAAGAGCAAAAUCAAAACCAACCAAAGAAGAAAAGAGAUUACCUGAUGAUCUUAAAAUUAUGCCAUACUUAAUUGUAUUAUCAUCGCUUCCAUUCGAAAAUAGAUACAAUAUUCCAGAAUCUGAGCUACUAAUCAAGCAACUUCAAAGCCAUCAACUCAAAUUAUUGAAUGAACAUUUAUUAUAUGAAAAAAUAAGAAACAGCAUUACAAAUAAAUCUGUAAACGAGAAAUUAAUUAGUGUUGCCAUAUCGUCUACGAAAGAAAUGCAGUUUAAAGAUAUUCAAAUUGUAUUCACAGGAAAACAUUUCUCAGGAAAAACAUCAAUGUUAAAGGAAGCUGCUAUGAACGUAUACAGAAAAGUUCAAUUAUCUAAUACACCAGAUUCAAUACUUUUUGUUCCCUUAAAUUGCAAUAAUCCAGAUUUUAGUAAUCCUGCAUCAAUAUUUAUAUGGAUUGCCAAUUCAGUACUAUAUUCCAUGGAGUAUUGUGUUAUCCCAAUGAUGCCUUACUAUGAGGAAUUCAAAGAUAUAAUUUAUGGAAUUUUGGAUUCACCAACAAUUCCAACAAUUUCUCAAGAAAUGGAAUCUAUUCCAAAUCUGAAUGCAUCAUUGCUCAACAAAACAUUAAAACAUCUAUAUUCAUCCUAUCAUCAUAGAGAUGGAUUACUAGAUUUCUUAACAGAGACAAUAAAAUUACCGAUUUCCAUUGCAAAAGCAUUUAACUUGAAUCCAUUGCUAGUGAUAGACUCAAUAAGCCAAACACAAGUCGAAUUAUCUAAAAUUUCUAAAUUCCCUGAUUAUUUGAAAACUGUCAAAGUUGAUGAAAUAUUCAGAGAUUCACUCCAAAACAUAUCAUAUAUCAUUGCAAAUGAAGAUGAUUUUAGUUUGCCUGCAAUUGAUAUCCAAACCAGUGAUUUAAUUCAAACAGAUGAGAAAACAAUUAAAAUUGUAUUUAGGGAUAUUUUUAAUCAACAGAUAACAUACGAACACAUCAUUUCAGAUAUUUUCAAGUUUAGUUCAACCGAAUGUCACGGAUGUCCAGGUUAUCUUAACACAUUCUUAAAUCUUGUUGAUAUGAUCAACAAAUACGAAACAGCACGAGCAGAAUCUUCUAAAUCAGAGUAUUUAUCAAUGAUUGAUAAAUCACGAGAACUUCCAAUUCGAACAUUACUCACAAAUCUUUUAUAUUUGUUAAACGAAGACGACACAUUCACUAAUUUACUUACUAAAUUGUCAGAAACAAAUAAAAUUAGGUUUGAACUUCUUUGA